CAGGAAGGAGGUUGACGCGAUUUCCGCAGGCUUAAACCGGGGAAAGUUGUUUCCUGAAGUUGAAGCUGUACUAGUGCUCAUUUCCACUCUAGAGUCUUAGUAAUUGUAAAAUGCCUUGCGCAAGUUCAUCGUCAUCGUCCGUCUGGUUUUGGUUGUGACAUUUUUCGUCUUCUGAUGGACUUGUCUGGUGAAAGCAUGAGCUCAACGACAGAAGACACAGAAGGCAUCCUUCAGGCCCAAUUGACGGAGUGUCGAGCUCAAGCGGAACACUGGCAGGGUGUGGCGACCAUCUGUGAACUGAGCAAACGGGAGGAACUGGCAGAGCUGCAAAAACAAUGUGAUCAAGAGAUCCAGUCUCUUCAAGAGGCUCUCAGGGAAACGGCAGCACAAUAUGAGUCCAGGAUAGCCUCUCUACUUGAGGGGAGGAGAGCAAGUAACCAGAAUGAGGCGAGUGGAAAGAAGGGCAAAAUGGACACAGAGGUCACCAGCAAUGAUUCUCAAACAUCACCAGACAGGUUACACGGCCAACAAGUAGACCCCGAACUUGUACCGGAGGGAGAAGCCCCACCGGUUGUGACGGAAGGAUAUUUUUCACUGCGGAACUGCGACUCGGCCUCGUUGUCCUCGUUCUCCGUAGACACACCCUCCCUACCUAGAAAGCUCCACGCUCAAGAAGACACAGACUCCCUGGUUUCAACAGGAACUCUGGUCCCCGAAGCCAUCUACCUGCCGCCAGCCGGCCAUCGGCUGGUUACUCAUAGCGACUGGGAUGCACUCAAUGCUCAGUUGUCAGAGUUGAGAGGAGAAGUGACUCGACUCUUAGAAGAGAAGGAGGAAUUGGAGAAAGAACUGGAAACGCAGACCAACCACACACACAAACAGGUAUCAGUGCUCCAGUCUCAGGUCCAGUCAUCAGAGGCCCUGCUUCAGGAAUUACAGAAAUCCCUCAGCCAGUCACAAACGUCAGUCCAGAGUCGACUGUCCGAGUUGUCGCUGUCCCAGAAAAAGGUGUGCAGUGAGCUGUCCAGGCUGAAAGGAGAUCCGGUUGAGGAUGAGGUAACAGGCUCAUCGCUCCCAGCAUCACGGCAGCAGGCGGCGCACUGUGAGGAGCGCCUCCGUAUUGAGAUUGUCAACCUGAGGGAGCGGCUUGACAUCCGAGCAGAGGAGAAUGAAAUGCUAGAAGUUCAGUUUUCUAGUUUAAAAACCGAGACGGAGAAAAUCCAGGCCCAGAAGGACCUGAUUCAGGAAGAGCUAAUGGUUUGCCGCACUGAACUGGCGGCCCUGCGGGUGGCGCUUUCUCAUGUGCAGAGCAACAACAAAGUGCUCAAUAGUGAUAAUGAGGCCUUACAUGAGCAGUGCCUGGAGCUCCGCAGUCAAGUGAUCAGCCUGCGCUCUCAGGUUGACACCAGCCAGACUGUCCAGAGAGAUUUUGUUCAGCUCUCUCAAUCACUGCAGGUGAAACUGGAGUUAAUACGACAGGCGGAAUCUCUUGAACAAGUCAGGGAGAUCCUGGAGGAGGGAAUGAGUGAUGCCGAUUCCUCGCCUGCAGACGCCUCAUGAGUUUGCUAUUGUACGGACCAAGCCAAAA